AUGCAUUCUGCACUUCGCCAAAAAGCCCUACUUAACAACGCCGAACUCGUACUCAAACGAGCUCUGCCAAACCAAAAUGUGACGAUCACAUAUGCGACAACAGCUGCGUCGCAACUUGCACCACCAUCACGUCGAAACAUUCAGACAACCUCAAUGCUUUGGACAGCCCAACACGAGCAGAAUGCAGAUCGUCUAAUCAGCCGGGAAUCUCUCAACCCUUCAAGGGCAGAAAGUACAGGCACUGGCACGGAUGACGAGGUAGCCAGCCACGAUGCAUCCUUUGAUCCGCACAAUACGGCGCCCGAGUCUGAGAUUGAGGCUACUGGUAGAGAGUCUGAGGCACGGAAGGAUACGAGCAAUCCACUUGAUGUCAGUCCCGGUAAUAUAGAAGUUAACAAGACUCGCGAUCCUUCAAAGGAUCCUCCGGAGAGCGGUGCGGAUAGGCCUGCAAGUUCUAGAGGGUGGACUCGGAAGAGCAAGCCAGAAGUGGAAGACUCGCAAAUUGCAUGA